GUGGUGCGUUACACAUGCAUACCAUACCUGAGCAGCAACUUCUGUACAACCAAUCAAUCAAUCAGUACACACACAGAGAAGCGAAGGGAGACGCACGCGCAAAACCAGUGCCGUGGCGGGUCGGAGCGAUGGUAAGGCAAGCAGACAGGCAGGCAGGCAGGCAGGCAAAGACAAAGGAGAGAGGAGAAGAAGAGCGUUAGCUAGGGUAGGUGGGUAGGUACUGACCGAGCGACCGACUCGCUGUGAGCGCCAUGUCUGUCUCCGCUCACAGGAGGGGCGUGCCGGCGGGAAUCACCACGAAUCGCAGCCAGAAGCAACCCACACCAGCCAGCACACCUGAGGGAACAACAAGAAGAAAGAACACCACACAACCACCACACGCAAUACACACCCGUGUUCGCUGAUCUUCGGUGAUGCUGUCGUGCGUACCGAUGGUGCAUCCGACGAUGCACUGGUUACGAGUGUGAUCCUCCAGGUGGUAUCGCGCUGACACAACCACAAGCCACAGCCCACAGCCAAACACAUGACUCCAAACCGCUGAGACCAUUUACUCUCUCUCUCCGCCCUGCUCAGCUCACUCACCCCAGGGCAUGGGCGCCAGCAGUGAGAGUGCCGCGACCGCGUGGACGAUGCGCGGCAGUGUGUGGUAUGCGAAUCCGAAUGAGAGUUCGAGGAGGAUCCAUGUCAUGACGCAGUACGAGGUCAGGCAGUGGCUGGAUGGCAUGCCGUACGACCGCACGGCCGACUUGGCGGGGCGCGCCUGCUUGAACAGACGCUUCAGCACCGCCUCGGCGAACACACUCAGCAGCAACUUCUGACACUGCACACACAACACACCCAACACACAGUCAGUCAACACACAGAUGUCUUUCCUCCCUGCACAUGCGUCUCUGGCGGACCCACCAGGCAAUAGAAUGGGAAGAAUUGCCCGCCGAGAGCGAACCAGAAGAAGAAGAGCACUGUGAUGGCGUAGGGGACGAACGAGUAGAGGACGGCGAGGGUCUCGGUGGGCGUGAGGGGUGGGCGGAUGGACACCGAGAGGAAGCUGUAGGCGAGGGUGUCGGGGGUGCCCUCCUCGAUGUCCUUGCCAACCACACUGUACAGGUGGAACGGCGUCGGAGACACCAGCCGAGACCACACCGUCGGCGACUCCUCACCGCCCACACACAUCUUCUUGGGCUGCGCCAGCGACAUCAUCCUCUAGAGCCACUCGUGGAACGUUGAUGGAUGCACAGCCUUUUCCUUCGGUUCUUUCGUUCAG